UGUGACGUAACGACCCAUUGUUGCUGGUUGCUAAGGGUGACGUUGUCGGUGUCUAGGACGGACAGUUGGCGGCAAACAUUAGCGGUGGUGUACUUUAUCGAACCGUUAACUCAAAGAACAAUCAGGGAAGAUGACGACCGUAGGUGUGGACCCCGGGUGUAACAAUCGGUCACAGCCCAUGAGGAUUCCCAGUUACUCGUACCAAUAUCCCUCACAUCGGAAGGUGCAGUUGGCCGCCGUCAAGGAUGGCCUUUUCCAUCCCAAACUUCCCAGUUUCCGGAGAAUGGAUAUGGAUACUGCCGGACACAAGCUCCCGGACGAGCAUUGCCGGACAACCACAGCCUGUGGUCCAGAGGACUUCAAGAGGUCCACGUCAACGCUGUUUGAUCCCCCAAAGAAACAAAUGUCUAGUCUGGAAAUAACACAAACAGGAAAACAGCUCCACAGACACUACACAACGCCCGACGAACUCAAGAAAGCGAAAGAAGAAUGGUCCGAUUUCCUGAACAGAUCACCCGAGCGUUUUAAUAUUAAACUGCCGGAGCUUCCGAACAGCAAAGAUCAGCAGUUUUUGGGAUACUCUGUACGUUACCUCCGACCCGAGAUCACUAAAUCCUGGAGGUACACCCUAAAACAGGAACCAACGCUAGACCAGUACGGACAGAAACCAAUGCCGGCUAACGUCUUUGCGCGAUACAGGGAUACCUACCCACAGUACAGCAGGAACAUCGCUUCAGAGGCAUGGAGAUAGUCGGUUAACCAAUAGUAUUCAGUGUUUCAAGAGGAGACAACCAAUCAGGAGAUUUGUAACAAAAUUUCUCAAGGACCAACACUCAGUUUUGUUACAAACAUUUAUAACCAAUCGGAACUGUGAACACAUCAGUUAGUCAUUGCUCAAAUUUUAUUAUUGAGCAGUAUUGUUAAACCGAAUCCAGAUACUUGAGUAUAUUAGACGAAACCGUCACAACCGGGUGUGUGGAUCCGGAUUUACCCUAAAGUAUUAUCUAAAACGCCCAUCUCAGUAUUUGUUGUUAAAUGUUUUGUUUCAUUUUUUAUCAUAGUUUAUAGAUAAAGUCUAUUUAUGGAGUUGUUUACAAUAUUUGUCUUUUCCAAUGUGAUAUUUAUACCAUUCAUAUGCUUUUUGUUUAUGCACAACAUGUAUUUACAUAUAAAUCAAUCUGAAAUGACGCAGUUUCUGCGGAUAUAAUAUCAGAUUUAAAAAAAAAUGAAAGUACUAUUCUUUAUGUAACGUAACAUUUUCUUUAAUAUUUUUCUUUUUCGGAAACCGGUUUUAAAUCAGUUAAUGUAUCUCGACCUUAAUGAGUAAAAUAGCUUUGGUUAUUGUAUUUAUGGGAAAAGAUUUGACCAUUCCAGAUGUUUAUUUAUAUCUUCUUACGUUCAUGCUCAUCAGUAUUACAUAACGUUGUUGUUGUCACUUUCCAGAGUAUUAUAACAUGUUCAUGCAGUGCUGUGUUAAAUCUCUCUGUAAAUAAAUAUUUUACCAAAA